GGCCAGCGCGUGCGCACUGGCCUGUCCGCGGCCGGUGGACCAUGGAGGCCCCAAGGUCCUUCGCCCGGGAGUGGAGCGCACAAUCCCUCCCCCUGGCAGUAGGGGGCGUUUUGAAGCUGCGGCUCUGUGAGCUGUGGCUACUGCUACUAGGUUCUAGUUUGAACGCGACAUUGUUGCCACACGAAGAGGACGUAGACUUUAUCAACGAGUACGUGAACCUCCACAAUGAGCUGCGGGGCGACGUCAUUCCCCGAGGGUCUAACUUGCGCUUCAUGACUUGGGAUGUAGCUUUAUCACGGACUGCUAGAGCAUGGGGAAAAAGAUGUGUGUUUGAGCAUAAUAUUUAUUUAGAAGAUGUACAAAUGGUCCAUCCUAAAUUUUAUGGUAUUGGUGAAAAUAUGUGGGUCGGCCCUGAAAAUGAAUUUACUGCAAGUAUUGCUAUCAGAAGUUGGCAUGCAGAGAAGAAAAUGUACAAUUUUGAAAAUGGCAGUUGCUCUGGAGACUGUUCUAAUUAUGUUCAGCUUGUUUGGGACAACUCUUACAAAGUUGGUUGUGCUGUUACUCCAUGUUCAAGAAUUGGACAUAUUAUACAUGCAGCAAUUUUCAUAUGCAACUAUGCACCAGGAGGAACGCUGACAAGAAGACCUUAUGAACCAGGAAUAUUUUGUACUCGAUGUGGCAGACAUGACAAAUGCACAGAUUUUCUAUGCAGUAAUGCAGAUCGUGACCAAGCCAUAUAUUACCGAUUUUGGUAUCCAAAAUGGGAAACGCCCCGGCCAAUUCUAUGUGAUCCACUGUGUACAUUCAUUUUAUUAUUGAGAAUAAUAUGUUUUAUGCUGUGUGUCAUAACUGUUUUGAUAGUACAGUCUCAGUUUCCAAAUAUCUUGUUGGAACAACAAAUGAUAUUUACCCCUGAGGAAUCUGAAGCAGAGAAUCAAGAGGAGGAAAAAGAGAAAGAGAAGAAAGAGAAAGAGAAGAAAGAGAAAGAGGAAAUCGAAAUGGAAAUAAUGGAAAUGGAGGAGGAAAAAGAAGAGAGAGAGGAGGAAGAGGAGGAGGAGGAGGAGGAGGAGGAGGAGGAAGACGAGGAGAAGAAGGAAGAGGAGGAAACACAAAAAGAAAAGAUGUAG